CUAAUACAAACUGGUUGUUUAACAAAAUUUAAUUUUUAUAUUUAUUUAUUUAUUUAUUAAUUUUUUAUUAUUAUUAUUAUUAUUAUUUCAAUAAAUUCCAUUUUUGUUUCAUGACAAUUUAUAAAGAAGAUGAAGCAUCAGAUGUAGAUGCAAUUCAGGUCUGGAGUGCAAAGGAAUUAGAAAGUGAAUUUACAACGUUUUUAAAAGCAUAUGAAGAUAAAGAAACAGAAUUCAAUUGGGAAGCUAGAGACAAAGCAAUCGCACGUUUAAGAGGAAUGCUUCGAGGCAAUGCAACAAAACCUCCCUAUCUUGAAGUCUUCAUUGCAUGUAUGAAACAGAUGGUCGACGGCAUUAUAAAAGCAGUAGAGAGUUUACGUACUCAGUUAUCAGUAAAAGCGCUUUUGUUGAUCGGCGAUAUAGGUAUAUUUAUGGGCAAACAUUUAGACAACUAUAUGACAGAUCAAAUUCUAUUAUGCUUAUUUCGUUGUGCAAGUUUAACAAAGAAACUUGUUGCGAAUGCAUCUUUGGAAGCAACUAAAUCUUUUUAAAGCAUACUCCGUUUUAUCCUAAAAUUAUGAACAUGCUUCUAUUGUUGAUGAAUGAAAAAAAUAGUCAGGUUCGACUUUAUACCAUUACUUAUACCAAAACUUUAUUGCAAGCACAUGCACAUCGUGAUCAUACUCGUUUAGUCAUGGAUCGUACAAAUGCAACUGAUCAUUUUGAAACGCUUUUGACAAAAGGUUUAAAUGAUGCGACUCCUACUGUUAAAGAAAUGUGUCGACA